GCCUAACUGAUUGGAAUAGACCGACGAGAUCAUGAUUGCUGGGUUGCCGAGAGAGCUUGUUUUUCUGAUACUUCAGUUCUUAGAUGAAGAGAAUUUCAAGGAAACACUACACAGGCUGGAAUCGGAGUCUGGAUUAUUCUGUAAUAUCAAGUAUGUUGAAGAGCUUGUUACUAAAGGAGAUUGGGAUGAGUUGGAGAAGUAUUUGUCUCCUUUCGUACAAGUUGAUGAUAAUCGUUUUUCAGUGAAGAUUUUAUUUGAGAUUCGUAAACAGAAAUACUUAGAAGCUCUAGACACAAAGGAUCGUGCUAAGGCUGUGGAGAUUCUAAACAAAGACCUGAAAGUUUUCAAAACCAUCAAUGAAGAUCUAUUCAAGGAGAUGACACUUCUUCUCACUAUGGGGAAUUUUAGGGAGAAUCAACAGCUUUCUAAGUACACAGAUACAAAAACCGCAAGAGCUGUAUUGGUUCAUGAGCUCAAGAAGCUGAUUGAAACAAACCCACAUUUGAAAGAUAAGUGUCAAUUUCCUGAUUUCAAGAACUCAAGGUUGCGUUUAUUAGUCAAUCAGAGCCUAAACUGGCAACAUCAACUUUGCAAGAACCCUAAAUCCAAUCCUGAGAUCAAAACUCUCUUUGUUGAUCAUGUUUGUGGACAACAAACAAAUGUUGGUCAAGCUUCAACUCACGUGACCAGUGAGAUUGUGAAUUCCAUGCUUAGAACAAGUGGUUUUCAAACGCCAUUAAAACAAGAAGCAGCACCAUUUGUUGGACAAGGAAUAGUCAACACAUCAUCUUUGACUCACCAACCUGUAUCUUCACGAACUCUUCUUCUUGCUGCUAAUACUUCAGAUUCUGAGCAUACCUUGAGGAGAGCAAGGCCUUUUGAGAUAUCAGAGGAGAACAAUAAUCUUGCCACAUCAUCAUCCACACGUCCUGGUCAAACCCAUGUGUACGGCUUACGUCAUCAUGAUGACUUACCCAAGACUGUUAUUUUAACUAUAAAUCAAGGUUCAGAUGUGAACACCAUGGAUUUUCACCCCGAGUACCCCACUGUGCUUCUAGUUGGAACAAAAACGGGUGAUAUUUCCAUUUGGGAGGUCGCUAGCAAGUUGAGAAUUGCCCUUAGAGGUUUCAAUGUUUGGAACAUCAUGGCAUGUUCUAUGUCUCUUCAGGCUUCUUUGACCAAUGAUCCAGUCAUAGUCAACCGUGUUACAUGGAGUCCAGAUGGCCUUUUUUUGGGUGUCGCGUACUCCAAGCACAUUGUACACUUGUACUCAUAUCGUGCUGGUGAUGAGUUACGAGAUCACCUUGAGAUAGAGGCACAUGUUGGCAAUGUUAAUGAUAUUGUGUUCACCAUUCGAAACCAGAAGUUAUCCUUUAUAACUUGUGGAGAUGAUAAGAAGAUUAAGGUGUGGGAUGCUGCAACAGGUGUCAACGAACACACCUUUGAAGGUCAUGAUGCACCAGUCUAUUCUGUCUGCCCACAUCGUAAGGGACACAUUCAGUUUAUCUUUUCAACAUCUAUUGAUGGAAAGAUCAAGGCAUGGUUAUACGAUGACAUGGGUGCAAGGCUAGAUUAUGAUGCACCAGGUUACACUUGUACAAGAAUGGCAUAUAGCAAAGAUGGGUUGAGGCUUUUCACAUGUGGUUUUAGUAAAGACAGGGAAUCAUACCUUGUCGAAUGGAACGACAGUGAAGGUACUGUGAAACGAACAUAUUAUGGUCUCGGGAAACAAUUUGCAGGUGUUGUGCAAUUUGAUACAACCAAGAAAUUAUUAGCAGCUGGAGAUGAAUUUUCUAUUAAAUUCUGGGACAUGGAUAAUAAACAUCUUUUGACUUCUACAAAUGCAGAGGGUGGAUUACCGGCGUCACCUUGUAUUCGGUUCAACAAAGGUGGGAUACUUUUGGCUGUAUCAACUUCUGAAAAGGGUAUAAAAAUACUUGGGAAUACAGAAGGUGCUCGGAUUAUAAGAUCCAAUGAUGAUCGCCGGAAAAUGCCAGGUGUCAGAUCUAGAAACCCUGAUGAUAUGGAAGUUUCCGGUGUUUGGAAGCCAAAAGAAAUCACUGAACCUUCACAACUUCGUUCCAUGAGGCUUCCUGAUAAUAUGUUAUCAGUUCGAAUUUUAAAGCUUAUGUAUGCAAACUCUGGGACUUCCAUACUUGCACUUGCUUAUAACGCUGUACACAAACUAUGGAAAUGGGAAAUGAACAACCAAAACAUAACGGGAACCGCAACCACUAGUGCCCUACCACAUCUAUGGCAACCAUCUAGUGGAAUUCUAAUGACAAAUGAUAUUAGAGAUGCAAAUCUUGAUGAUACGAUUUCUUGUCUUGCUCUGUCAAAGAAUAGCUCAUAUGUUUUAUCAGCAUCAGGUGGAAAAGUAUCCUUGUUUAAUCUCACAACAUUUAAGACUAUGACAAGGUUCGGGCGCCCACCACCAUCAGCAACAUGUAUUGUUUUUAAUCCACAUGACAACAACAUUAUCGCCAUUGGAAUGUCGGAUGCUUCAAUUCACAUCUACAAUGUUCGUGUUGACAAGCUCUUGGAAAAGCUAACAGGUCACGAGAAUAGUGUAACUGGGCUUGCAUUCUCUAUGGAUAAAAACAUUCUAGUCUCAUCAGGAUCUGAUGCUCAAUUAUGCGUUUGGAAAACCGAUACUUGGGAGAGACAUACAAACAAAUUCUUACAAACUCCUCCUGGAAGAACAACAAAUACCCAUUCAGAAACCCGAGUACAGUUUAACCCUGAUCAGACACGUGUCCUGGUUAUUCACGAAACACAAGUCGUCAUUUCUGACCCAAUCAAACUCGACUUUUUGAUGCAGUGGAUUCCGCGACAUGGAAGUGGAGCAAUUACGGAUGCGGUGUAUUCAUGUGAUGGGAAAUCGAUAUUUGUUACCAUUGAAGAUGGGAGUGUGAAUGUUCUGAAUGCAAAGUACUUGAGGCUGAAAUGUCGGAUUAGCCCUUCAUCAUAUAUCCCAACUAGCUCAAGGGUGUGUCCACAUGCGAUUGCUGCUCACCCAUUUGAUCCGAAUCAAGUUGCAAUGGGGCUUUCAGAUGGCGGAGUUUAUGUUAUUGAGCCUCUAGAGUCGGAUAAAAAGUGGGGGAGUGACCCGGAUGUCAGUUUGGGAUUAAUGAGUUUAUGAAGAAUAAAGUAUAGUUUGAGUGUUGGUUUAUGUUUUUGGAAGUUAAAACUGUUUGUCUUAGUUUGUGUUGGAUGUUUUUCAGUAUGGUGUAGUAACCGAAUAAUUUGUUAGGAUUUUAUCUGUGGUUUUAUGUUUUGUGUUUAAGUGGUGUGCUAAUUGGAGUGUUUUAUGAAUUUAUGGAUUCCUUGGAAGUUUUUUGA